UCAUACACACACAUACACACAAGCAAUCAGAAUAUCACAAGACAAGAAUAGCACUAGCAAUCUAUCUUGUAUUCACAUCUCAGUUCCUUCUCUACAAUUAGUACUCAGCGAAUUAUUCAGAAGAAGAACAUCGUAACCGCAAAGAUGAUUCACCUUAGACGUGAUGCGCUGGAGAUAGAUGAUGACUUCCCUAGCAUCACGCAAAGUGAAGAGAGAAAUAGGCAACCAAUUCUGGCUGAUGAGCCGGAAAUGGCUGAUGAGGCCCCUAGCGCCGCCCAACCCGAUGAGAGACAUAGGCGGCCAAUUCAGCUUGUUGAGCCAGAAAUAGCUGAUGAGCUCCCUAGCGUCGUCCGACCUGAAGAGAUAAUUACGCCAAUUCCGCAGGCAAAUACGCUUUCUCAAGAAACAGCGAAUGUCACGUACUAUUGUAGAGUCCUCCAAAGUGAAGAGAGAAACACACCAAGUCCGGAGCCAAUCAUGCCCGGCCGGGAAUCAGUGGAUGAUGACGUGUACAUUCGCAACGCCUACCAACAAGCAGAGAGAAAUAAUACGCCAAGUGAAGACAGAAUUAUGCUUUCUCGGGAUGUUCCAGAUGAGCUUCCCCCUUCCAUCCGAUAUGGAUUGCAAUUGAGGGAUACAUCAAAUCCAGAGCCCGACAGCCCUAAGCUGUCGAUCAUCGAUACGAAACAACUUAGCCACUUCAACGACUUGUCAGAUAAUUACCUCGAGCUCAUCGAGUUUCAAGAUGCCAUGCACUCUAAACUUGGAAUAUGGGAGUCGCUACAUGAAGACUUACGCACCGAAUUCGAAGCGCGGGUGCACCGAAUUCCCGGGCUUUCGAAAUUUUCCUUACCAUACAGAGAAAGGCAAAAGUACGAGCGCAGUACCUUCCGGCCCCUUGACGCCAAAGAUGAAAGACGCUGUGAAUGCGCCGGCUGCUUUAACGUAUUGGCCUCACAACAUGCCAAUGCCGUUCGAGUGUCAAACAUCAUUCUCGAUGAACGUUCGCUCUUGAAGAAAGAACAUCUGGAAUUACUUGAGGAGUUUGAAACUUUUCUAAAUCAUCGCAAGGCUCUCAUUGCAAGUAUCCCCAUUACGCGUAUGGAGUGGGACGUUGAUAUGGUUUUCAAGAGCUCAUAAACCACAGAGAGUAAACUAGAGGCUGGUACUCAUGUAGCUAGGCUUGCAUUUCCGUUUGU